GCGCGCUGCUGGCUCAUCGUCAUGAGCAAUCAUCACUGCUGCCUGUCCUCCAACACACCCACCCACAGACAGCAGCAUGCAACGGUACUGGCAAGCCAAGACCCUGCUCAGCCAGCAGCAGCGGCAACAGCAACAACAACAACAGCAACAACAACAGCACCAGCAAGAGGAAGGCGGCGACGAUGCGCGCGGGGAGGCACCGCCAAAGGAUGAGGAUGUGUUUGUGAGCGCUGAGGUGGCAGCCAUGUCACUGGAAACCAGCUCGCCCACAACAUCAACAACAACACCACCAACAACAACAACACCACCAACAACAACGACGAAACACACCAGUGAUGAUGGUGAUGAUGACCGCGAGCCCGCGUCGAGUGCAAAAGCGGCCGUCAACGAGAAGCCAGGCAAGUCACUGGCCCCGCCUCCGCCGGCGCCCACGAGCACCCAGCGCGGUCGGGACCAAGAUGCGUCGCAGGACGAUGCUGCGCCUCGGCAUGUGCGGAUGAACAGCAUUGUCAUGAAGGUGACGGCCAUUAAGCGGUUCCAGAAGCUGCGCGCUGCGCUGCAGCAGCAAGUGGAAGACCAGGCCAACGCCGCAGAUACAGAGGACACAACUGCGCAAGAGGAGUUUCAGCGCAGGGCUCGCCAGAGCCUGCACGACUUGGAGCAGCUGCUCAAGGCGUUCACCACAGUUGUUGGCCCGGAUGCCGGCUCCCGCCUGAGGCUGCCCAGCGAUGGCAACGAGUCCGACUCGAGCGUCACUGCUUCCGAAGAUGGCACCCCGCUGACCAGUGGCGCUCCAGACUCGUCUGGCUCACUUCUUCGUAUCCACUCAAAUGUGCAGGAGAAGCAGUCGGACCUUGAACAGGCCCAGCUUGUCUGGGAUCACGAGCCCAAGAACAUCCUCAUCAUCAAAAAGCCGGGUGAUCGCUUUGUCACAGAGUGGUUUAUGAAAGUAGCGCGCUUCCUGAUAAAGGACCACCCGGAUGUGAAGGUGUUCUUCCAGCCGCAGAUGUUCAAGGAUGAGCUGGACAUUCUUCGCGAGGACCUCAACUACGCCAGUCUCUUCAAGCAGCUGCACACAUGGAGCCUUGCCGACGCUGACAAGGGCGUGGACCGCAUGAACUUUGACCUCGUCAUCACGCUCGGCGGCGACGGGACGCUGCUGCACGUCACCCACACCUUCCAGAAGCGCGUGCCGCCCGUGCUGUGCUUUGCGCUCGGCUCCCUGGGCUUCCUCACGCAGUUUGACGUCGAGGACUAUCGCGACACCAUCCCCAAGGUGCUGCGCGGCGGGCUGCAGGUCACGCUUCGGCUCCGCCUUCACUGCAACGUCAUUGAACCGCCGCUGCCGCCGUCCGAACGAAAGCGUUUCGAGCGCUCCUCGUCUGACGCCAACUUUGUCGAGGCCAACCCCAUCCCGGAGUACGAGAUCCUGAACGAGGUUGUGAUUGACCGUGGCCCGUCACCCUACCUCACCAACUUGGAUGUCUACGUUGGCGGCUCGCUCGUCACUUGCGUUCAGGGCGAUGGUCUCAUUAUCGCCACUCCAACAGGCAGCACCGCAUACUCGCUUGCUGCUGGUGGCAGCAUGGUGCACCCGUCGGUGCCGUGUGUUCUCCUCACACCCGUCUGCCCGCACUCCCUCUCCUUCCGCCCCAUCGUCGUUCCUUCAAGCCUCGAAAUCAAGGUUGCUGUGCCGAUGGAUGCGCGUAACCCAGCAUACGCCUCGUUCGACGGCCGCAACAGGCAGCGGCUUGAUCGCGGAAUGGCCGUCGUCAUCAACGCUUCCAGCUGGCCCGUCCCCACGAUCAACCGCCGGAACCCGUCUGUGGAUUGGUUCCGCAGCCUGUCGUCCUGUCUUGGGUGGAACGUGCGAGAGAAGCAGAAGGGCUUUGAUGUACAGGCAGGCCCGCGCACGUCGGAGUGACGCACGGCGGCGAACGUAAUGUGAUGUGUGACACCACUCACCAGUUUUGACAUGGACAACCACACUGUACCUGACAUAAGUGUUGUCUGUUGUGUCGUGUUAACCAACCGCCCCUCUGCUGACUAAGCCCCACAAGUUGCUGCUCUCUCCUGCACAUGUGCAUGUGCGUGUGUGAUCGUCUUGUGGGUUCGCCUGCUGUGAUUGAAUCAUGCUUGCCAAGAUUUGCGUGUAAAUGCCUUUCACCCCUGUUCCGAUUUGAUUUUUUUUUUCGCUUUCUUUGAUUGGCUGACAUCCAUUUCUAGUCACCCUUUGUCCUGUCAUGCGCCCCGGCCCCCUCCUGCCUGUGUUUUGACCACGUUACAUCUGGCACAGGCUUGAUGCGUGCGUUUACUCCAAGUACAUCAUCCUUCCUUCCCUCCCG